AUGUUUAAUGCAAACAUCCACUUCCCACAAGCGGUGCUGCUCCUCCUUAUACGGGGAGUGGCAGCCGCCGAAGACUCAAGCGAGUUUACAUUGAAUCUCUUCACUGAUAUUGCUCCGAUCCUUGCACUGUUUGGGGAGCAAUUUGCCCAACAGUAUCUCAGCCAAAGCUUCACUUGGCGCGAUCACUUGAUUUUUGCCUGCGUUCCGCUCGGUAUCAUUGCAGCCCUUUCGGGCGCCAUUCGCACCCGAGGCCCCAGACUCGCCCGGUCGUUCAUCGGCCGUGCCCGAGAAAGCCUAGCUACCGUCGAAAUUGACCUCAUGUCAUCGGUAUCUCAUGAGGUGUGUGAGAUGUUCAACGGGAGUGGCAUUGUCCGGACGAUGGGACGAUCUACGCUUGCUCAGAUCAUCAUUUUGCCAGAUGUGUAUGAUGCCGUCCAGAGAGGCAUCUCCAAUGAUCCAUCAUGUGGUAUCCAUACGCUCCAGACGGCACUCCAGUCUAGGGAGUGGGAAAUUCCGCCCAUGGAGAGGUCCAAUGAGUUAGAGCUGGUCACCUUCAGGGAUGCCGUCCGGAGAGGCGACUCCGAUCAUCCAUCAUGUGGUAUUUAUGCGCUCCAGACGGCACACCAGUCUAGGGAGCGGGAAAUUCCGCCCAUGGAGAGGUCCAAGUAUCAAAGCAAAACCUACCGACGACUUCAAAGACUGAUAAACCCCGAGGACGCAAUAGAAAACCAAAGCAAUCAGCCGGGAGCGCCACUCGAUCCAAAAUGCCCACCAAACCUUCAGCUGAACGUCUCAACCGGCCAGUCCUCCCGCGUAAGGAAGGACGCCGAACUUUUUACGGCUUCCACCACUGCGGUUGCUCUCCAGCUCUCAUUAGUUGCCAUUGCCGCUGUUGUGACAUAUCAUGGCCCUACUAGCAAAGCGGUCGGGGUUGAGAACAACCUCUAUGGAUUUCCUUGUUACGUUGCUGGGUCUGCCCUUCUCUGCAUUGGAAUGGCCAUCUGCUCUGCUGCUAUCGAGAGCAGCACCGACGAGUAUGUAUGGACGCGCUCGACAGGGGGGAACAUUCCAGAAGACGAAAGAGACUCGCAAUCAACUCGUGACCCAUACAUCAUGUGGAUUCAGCAACCUCAAAGCGUCGGUGAGCAGGCUUUCGAAUCUUAUGCCAUUCUUGGAGGUUCAAAGCCGUAUAUCAUUACAUCAUCCCGCAGCAACGACCUUUGGACUGCAGAGACUUCUCAAGGGGGGUCCAGCGAUGUGAACCAAGGCAGGAGGAGGUGGUGGGAGGGAGUUACUCUCGUCGGGGUUCUCCUUGGAUCUGCGGGAUUCAUUGUUCAAUUCAUUGGUCUACGAGGACUUCCAUGGCCUGUAGCCGUGUCCCAACUGCUGGCUACUGUUUUCAUGGCACUCGUCAGGGCUCUGAUCCGACGUGGAGUUGGGAUAAUCCCCUUGGCCUGUCCAGCGCUACCAGGCUACGAGCUUGAUUUCCUUGCAGCCGAAAUUGUCGUCUACCCCGAAUUUCGCGAGUUCAAGGAUGGUGAGCCAUCAAAUGGGGACUUGAGAGACAGGAAUCUGAGUGACGUGUGUCGAUGGAAAGUGCUGACAGCAAAUGAAAAGGCUAGAUUGACAGCUCCUUCAAACCUGGACUCAAAAGGAUCAGAAGACGACACAGACUCAAUUCUUAAUCUGGAAAACGACACAAGACCAACACAAGGCUCAGGCGCCGAGCCUCGUCAGAAAAGCUCCAGCCAACAGCUUGUAAAAGUCCGUGAGAGAUUGGCGGACCUGUGCAAAUGGAAAACCGCCGUGUCUGAAAUGGCAGUUGUUUUAGCGCAGUCGGUUGAGCAUUUCAUGGAAAUCUUCUUCGAGGAGAAAACUUCGGAAGAUGGCCUCAGGGAUGGCCAGUUAGAUAAGAUCCUAUGGGCAACCAAAACCAGCAAUCCCGAUCCUAACGGUGGCGAUGAUGCAGAGGAGACAGUGGUUCACAUUGAAAGGAAGAAUGGCACAUGGGUCGCCGAGCUGGGGAAGAUUGAGGCGAUAAUGUCGCUUUGGAUGGCUAGCAUUGAGGCACAACCGGUUGUGGAACAGAGUAAGGCAACUGACAACCGUUCAGAUACAGGAAAGGGGGAUUGGAGACGAUCUGGCGGCGCCAAGGUCAAGUUUCGGAGGAUUGUCGGCGAUUGGAGAGGCAAGACCAUUGAUCAUUCAUUGAAGCGAGAUAUCUCGUGGUGGAUUAGUAACGACAUUGCCUUAGAAUGCGAAGAUGAGCACGAGGCCUCUCACCAAGGUGUGAACAAGGACUCGAGCCUCUUGAUAGGGUUCGAUAUGCCCUUGCAAGGGAACUCACAACCUCACCACACGAGUGAACGGAGAAUGAUUCACUCAUCGACUGCAGAACUGCCACACAUCAUGGCGCAACACCUGUUUACAAGUUUCAUCUGGGCCGCCACGGAACACAUGUCAAAGAACAUUUUACACCAGGGAGAACCAAACGUCCCCGAAUUCGUCAAGCUCGAUCCAGCCACCGAGUUUGACCCGGACAACUUAAUUUCCAACUGGUAUAAGCCGCGCCUGAGCCAUCCUAGACUAUCACAGGCGGUAAAGGGGAUAGAAUCAUGGGGGCUUGGGACGGUAAACGACAUUCUCUUGUGCAUGAUCCCAGCCCUCGGCUUUAGGGACUUGCUCCCUAACGAGGUAGUCCUUGGACUCAUGCCAUCAAUCCCCGAGGGGAUUCGGCAACACGGAUGCCAGGAAAUGACACAUCUGUACAGAAAACUGCUAGCACGAUGCAGUAGCCGAGAUGGCGAGUGUUUCGUGACAGCGGUAUUGUUGGAAACGAUCGAGUUUAUACUUAUCGCCUCGGAAAGUCUUGCGUUGAUCGACACACUUAGAAGCCUUUUAGUUGACAUUGCUGAGAAGUUUCCACGCACACUGAAGCAUCUAGCAUUGGGAUUUCAUCUGCAGGGUCGCGCACAAAAGCUCCGUCAGGUUUUCAGGCGUUGUGGGUUCCGCCAUAGUCUUGCGGAAGCCCUCGUACCAUCCAGCAACACCAUGGUGAGGCAGCCCUCUUCUGGCUUUCGAGAGGCUUGUGGGUUCCAAGCCUGGCAUUUUGAGGCUUUGGACAGAAGUUAUACGAUCCUGAAUGACCCUGGUGUUUCUCACAGGGCAUCGCCCGACAUAUUUGGAUGGACUCCGUUACACUAUGCUAUAACUGCCCCGCCUCAAGAGCAUCCUGAAAUCGCAAGAUAUGUCGGUAGGGGAACUCUGACUCCGGGGGUGGAGGCAUAUUCGUGCCUAGACAAAUCUCAUCGGAGCCCCUUUCAUAUUGCGGCUUCUUUCGGUCACCUAGAAUUUCUCACCGCAUGCUUCGACUGUGUUGAGACAGAUGCAGAUACCCGAAAGGAUGCCCUGAAGGCAGGCGGAUUGGACGGCAAGACCCCAUUGCAUCUCGCAGUUGAGGGACAACACUUGGACUGCGUCGAGCUGUUGCUAAAGCACCUGUCGCCUAGCCAAGCCGACAUCUGGGGACGGCAUCCUAUCCAUGUCGCAGCCCUUGGGCGGAGCUAUGAGAUUGGAAGAAGACUGUUGGCCCAUUUUCCUCAAGCUUUUCAUGUCGACAACCUCGGCAACACCCCAUUGACCUACCUUCUGAGGAAUGAGAACGAUGAGACAGUGGACCAGGGUCGUACCGACUUUGCCAAAGAACUCAUGGCAACAUGGACCGCGGCCAAGGCCGACGACGACAGCGGAAACUAUCACCUUCACUAUGCGGCUGCAUUCUCGGAUGAGGAUGAAAUUGAGAAUCUCGUAAAAGAUUUGGGAAACGUCAACAUCCCAAACAGACAAGGCCAGACGCCGCUCCAUCUGGCCGCCCUCGAGGGUAGGGCAGCAGCUGCAAGGAAGCUGAUCAGUCUGGGGGCCCAGGUCGGAAGCAUUGAUGACAAAGGCUGGAAUGCAUUGCAUUACGCAGCAGGCUGCCGCGACGCUGAACGUGACCUGGUAUCCCUGAUCUUGAAUGCUGGAAGAGACACGAUCAAGGCUACCAAUAAGAAGUCGCUCAGAACACCCCUACACAUUGCAGCUGCAGCGGGCAAUGCAUCGGCUGCAAUGCUUCUGGUCUCUGAAGGCGUUGAGUCCAGCGUCAGCGACAAGGAUGGAGAUACAGCACUGCAGCUGGCAUUGAAGCACAAUCGGCAAGAGACGCUUGACAAAUUGCUCUCCUGUGGUGAGGUACUUAACGGCUGGCGGGAGCGUGGUCCGGAUGGCUUCCAAGAUCUUGAUUUGGCUAUCAGGCAUUGCAACACGAAAUGUCUCAGUACCGCCCUUCUUCAUGCGGCGACGAAUAUGCCGAUGCGGAUCUAUGGGUUGAAAGCCAUGGUUACUGACCGAAAGUGGGAACUUGAGGAUGCUGACUUGUUCAACCGUGUCUUCAAGAGCAUUCCAGAGAUGGAGCUAUCAAUCCUGGACCUCGAUGUUCUCAUUCAAAUGUCCCUCACGGUGAGCAGUAGCGACGCUAUUCAUCAAGCGUGGAGCUCCAGACGCAACGAUCUGGGAGCAUUGAAACGGGACCCGUGGGCACUACACUUCCUUGCCCAGCAUGGCGAUACAGCCACUCUUGCACAGCUGCUGGAAGCCGAGGCAGAUGCUUUGCGCCUGGACAAGGAUGAUUGGAUCCCAUCAGACGUCGCUGAUAGUUACGGCCAGACCGCGGCGGGCGACCUUUUGAGGGAUCACCUAGCAAAGACCGACAUUGGACGACCCGACAAGCCGUCGUAUCAUGUCCCAGCAACUAUUCGUGAUAUAUACCAGGACCCUGACAUCACUAUCAGAGGUGCCCGUGACGGGUUGGAUAUCUCGGUCGCUCUGACUAACCCGGGGCUCUCAUCUGCUGUUUUCCGCACCCAAGAAUGCAUACCGCCUAAUGCUAAACACUUUUACUUUGAGGCUGGGACGUGGAUCAAGAAUGAAAGCGGUAAACUCUACGUCGGAUUCUGCACCGCCGACCUACCACGCGACAAACUACCCGGGCAACACCCUGGUUCCUGGUCCUACGAGAUUUCGACUGCGACCUUGACUGCCUGGGCACUCAGGGAGAAGGACGCCAGCAGCCAGACCAUCGAGUCUUGGGGACAACGUCUCAACGUGGGAUGCGGGCUGAACAUGCUCACCGGUGAAGGUUUCGUAACCCUGAAUGGGAAUCGGCUGAACUCAGAAACCGUCUUCCACAAGCACAAAUUCUUCGUGGGCAAAGUUUAUCCUUGCGUGGCCUUUUCCACUCACAAGCUGAGAGGUUGCUUGGGGGCUCGUGUUCUUUUCUCACCGUCCCCAACAAUCCGAUUUCGUUAUGUGGGACCGUACUCUUGA